CAUUUGACAACACUGCGCCCUGGUACAGACAGUGCGUUUUUAACAAAAAGUCAAUUUUAUUGUUAGGGGAAAGCGGAAAGUCAUCAAAAUAUAGUAAUAUAAGAGAUAAGAACGUCACACACAUAAUGUCCUCCUCAUCAGCCAGAGAGCAGCCGAGCACAUCGAAGGAAUCGUUUGAGGACUUCUACACCGAAGUGAAAGAAAUUGAAAAACGCGAUUCUGUACUAACUCCUACUCAACAAAUUGAUCGUUUACUUCGUCCAGGUUCCACAUACUUCAAUCUUAAUCCAUUCGAAGUGCUCCAAAUCGAACCAGAGGUCGAGGUGGCCGAUAUUAAAAAGCGCUACCGCACCUUAUCCAUUCUGGUACAUCCGGACAAGAAUCACGAUAACCAGGAGCGCGCCCAACUGGCAUUCGACAUUGUAUCGCGUUCCUGGAAAAUCUUGGAGAAUGAUUUGUCGCGAAAAAAGUGCCUGGAGGUGUAUGAGGAGGCCAAAGGACGAACGGAUAAAAUGAUUGCAGAGAAACGCAAAAAGCUUAAAAAGGAGGGCAGACCCAUGGAGCCCAUACCAGAGGAUGAUCCCACGAAAUACAAACAUGCCAUUUACGUAAUGGUUAUGAAACUGUUCGCCGACAUGGAGCGUCGACGCCAGAAACUGGACCAGCGCGACCAGGAGGAGCGCAAACGGAAGCGAGAAACCGAAAUCGAGGAGGAGGAGCGCAUCAAAUCGGACCGCGAGUGGCAGCAAAAUUUCGAAGAGUCCCGCCAGAGUCGCGUGAACAGCUGGCAUGACUUUCAGUCGGGCACCAGCAAAUCAAAGAAGACUAAAAAACAGAAGCACAUGACUGGCAUGAUGGUGCCGCCCAAAUUCAAGCCAGAGUCACGAUGAAAUUAACCUCCAGCGCGACGUUUGUUCCAUCGUUCCGCUGUUGCAUGGGUGGCACCCACAAAUAUUUUUACACUUUUAUAAGUCUCCCAUUUGGAAUUGUAAUUGACACACGUGCAUGAUAAAUAGUUUUAAGAAAUCCAA